AUGACAUCCUCCAGAGUCCAGUUAGUAGGGUUCUCGGGUAAACCAGAAAAUCUGCCUUUGACAUCGCCACUGAUCCAAUCAGUGGCCGGACAGACCUUCCGUCACCGGUAUAUUCCAUCACCUGCAUGCCCUGUCAAUCUGAUGGGCCGCGACUUGCUGGUGAGAUGCGGGGCCUCGGUUCUGUGCGGACCAGACGGACCGGUAGUGACCUUUCCCAAUGUCUAUUCUGUCAAAUGUUCCAUGACAAUGAUUCACUCUGGAUCCCAAAUGAUGCUAUCAGCGGACACACCACUAACGGCAGAAGGGCAGUGGGCAGAUAUAUACUGGGGACUCCUAGAACCCGAAAGCAGGCAGAACAACGGCAUACAGUCUUUAUACAACCAAUGGCGACCCUGGGUUCAGAUGCUGCAUCCCUAUGCUCCUCCUGCAGAUCCCCUCCAUGUUUCCCUAUAUUAUGAUACAGAUGACAACGAAAUCUAUCAGCAUGCAUUCUAUCAGCACCUGGAAGGAACUCAAAGAGAUAUUUCCUCCAGUUGCAUUCUGCUAGGGAAAGAAGGUGUGGUGGGUGUUGUUGACCUAACUGCAGAACAGUUGGAAUGGUAUGAGAUGUCUGAAGAAGCUAUACCUCAUGUCACAUUGGCCGUGCAUGCUGAAUAUCAGGCCAAGGAUCUGGGGCCUAUGUCCAAACGCUUGAUGGCGCUAACUGAUUGGAUUUGGACUCAGCUACCCGGUUUACAAUAUUCACCAUCAGAGGAAGCUUAUAGAAUUAUGUACAGGACAACUGACAAGGUACUGCUGGAACAUAGGCAGAUUGUAAAGUUUUACGGCAGGGAAAAAACAGACCAUCCACAGGCUGCAGCGAUGCUUGACACUCUACCAGAUACCUUGUGGUCAGCAGGUUCAACGGACGUUGCUCACUGCAAACACGUCACAACAAUGACAUUCAAUUUAAUAGACCACACUCCGAUUUGGCGGAGACAAUACUCACACAAACCAAAGGCUGAAGCCGGCAUUGCCGACACAAUUGAAGGAUUGUUAGCAGCAGGGGUGUUAGAACUCUCCCGGUCACCCUGGAACACUCCUAUCUUACCUGCAGAGAAGCAGAAUACAGGUAAAUAUAGGAUGGCGCAUGAUCUUAGACGGAUCAAUAGUAUUGUCUCUACUCCAACAGUUCCAGUUCCAAACCCAUACACUGCGCUGUCUGUGCUGACCCCUGACCAUAAGUGGUUCUCGUGCAUUGAUCUGGCCAAUGCGUUCUUCUGUUUGCCUCUAGCUGAUCAUUCGAGGGACAUUUUCUCGUUUACCUACAAAGGCCAACAACUACGUUAUACAAGGGUCCCUCAAGGGUUCAUUUUGUAGCCAGGGGUGUUUAAUCAGGUACUGAAACAGCACCUGAAGCACCUGACACUCCCAAAGGGGGUGGCAUUGAUCCAGUAUGUGGAUGACAUUCUUCUGGUGGCACCCGACCAUGUUUCUUGUCUGGCAGCCACAAAGUCGUUGCUGAUUCACCUGUAUAACGUCAGUUUUAAAGUCUCAAGGGCUAAAUUGCAAUAUUGCAGACAAACGGUGUCUUUUCUGGGUAGAGUUAUUUCCGCUAAAGGAACAGAUGUGUCUCCAUCCCACAGAUCCUUCAUUCUGCAUCAUACCAAACUAGUCACUGUAAAAGACGUGCUCUCAUUUCUUGCGUUGGUAGGAUACAGUAGACAAUUCGUUGCAUCAUAUGGGGAGCUCACUUUCCCUCUAAGGGCCAUGGUAAAUGAGCAAGGCAUGAUAAAUUUGUCGGCCCAUUUGCAGUGGACCACGGUGGCAGACGAAUGUUUCAUAUCUCACAAACAGGCCCUAACGCGGGUUGCUGAUUUAGCGGUCCCGGAUUACAAAUAGCCAUUUUUCCUCGAUAUUUCUGAAAAAUUACACACAAUAAAUGGUGUUCUUUUUCAGAAAAAAGGGAGAGGCAGGCAGGUGCUAAUGUAUAUAAGUGUAUCAAUAGAGGACAGACACACUCCAUGUACAAGACAUGCAGCAAUGGUGGCAAACAUUCUCCAAAAGGUAGCACAUAGAGUCAUGGGCCAUUCACUAACGAUACUGACGACACACAGUAUAGUGGCCUAUGUGAACUCGACAGCCUUCACAAUGACGUCACUGCGGCAAACCAGGGUUGAGAAAAUCCUGAAUGCACCACAUAUAACUAUCACACACGAAGGAAUCAACAUGGCUGACAACAUGGGAGAAGGAGAACCACACAUGUGCGAGGAAAGGGUACAGAGAGACGUUAACGUUAGGGCAGACUUACGGGCAAAACCACUAGUAGACCCAGAAGAAGUGUUGUUCACAGAUGGUUGCUGUUACAGACAUCCAACUGAAGGACUUAAAGCAGGCUAUGCAGUGGUGCGACAGACAAGUGAGGGAUUUGAGGAAGUGUUGACAGGAAAAGUGACAGGCAAAGAAUCAGCCCUGUUGGCUGAACGACAGGCAAUGAUUGCUGCUUUAGAAUGGUCACAGGGAAAAAGAGUGAACAUCUACACCGACUCUGCAUAUGUGGCCAGGGCUAUACAGGUAGAACUCAGUCAAUGGAUCAGAGCAGGAUUCUUAACAGCUGCAAAAAAAAAAACAAUUAAACAUGAAAAAGAUGUGAAAAGAUUAGCGGAGGCCCUCAUGAAAACUGCAGAAGUGGCAGUGGUCAAGUGUAGAGGACAUAACAAAACUGAUACAACAGUAGGUAAGGGCAAUCAGGAAGCAGACUUAGCAGCAAACAAAGCAGCAGGAUAUGCACCCCAGGAAUGUAGAACGUGUACAGAAAACAAUGUGAGACCAGCAGUGAAACCACACGAGGGCAAAUUCCCUCUCCCAAGAAUGUCAAUUCAGGAAAUAGUGAUCGACUACACUGACAUGAUAGAGAGAGUCAAAGGAUACCGGUACCUUUUGGUAGCAGUGCAUGCAUACACUGAUUGGCCAGAAGCGAUACCUGCAAAAAAGGAAGACGCAACAACAGUGAUCAAAUUCUGGAUAAACCAAUACAUUCCAAUGCAUGGGUUUCCAAGGAGAGUCAGGUCAGAUAAUGGUACACAUUUCAAGAACAAAGACCUGCAAGAAGUUGAAGCAGCUUUAGAACUGAAAAAUGCGUUUGGAACAGUGUAUCAUCCUCAGUCACAGGGAAAAGUUUAAAGAUUGAAUCAGUCCAUAAAAGGGAAAAUAGAAAAAGUAUGUGCCCAAACAAAGUUAAGUUGGGUGGAGGCCCGACCCUUAGAUUUACUGUCCAUUAGAAGUUCAGUAAGCUCCAUCAGAGGAUUUACCCCGUACGAGCUUACAACAGGGCAGCAGUUCCCAGGACCGGGAGCCGGAUUACAGACCUUAGAGGGAGGGGAAGCCUCCCUAAGCUACAAACCUUACUAUGACCAACUAACAGCUUUGGUGUCAGCUUUCUCCAAACAGGUUGGAUCCGAAAAGGGGGCUUUACUGAGCCAGCCGCCAUCAACCAUGGAUUGGGUCCUGUUGAAAGUGAUGAAACGGAAAUGGUCGGAGCCACGAUCUUUGUUGAACCGGGUAAUCAUUACAGCUAUUGAAGGGAAGGCUCCUCCGCCCUACCAGAUGUCACAGUUGGAGAUGGAAACCAUGGCUCUGGCAAGAAAGGACGACUAUGCAUCGGAGACCGACAAUGAUGUAAAAAAUUG